GUAGCCCGCGCCGUUGCCAGGGGAACGGGCCCAGCGCCUGAAGAGUUCCAGCCCGCCUCGGCCUGGCCGAGCCGUACCGCCAGCCUGCUCCAGCGGAAUCCCGAGGACUUGCCGGCACAGCCUCCGCCGCGCGGCCCGGAAUGGGGCCCCGCCCCGGGCUGAGCCGCCGCCUGGUCCCGGGAAUCAUCUCCGCUGCGAGGGUCUGAAGAGCUGCCUCCCUGGAGGGUGGACGGCCAGGCGCGGGUGCUGAACCACUGAGUGACCUUGGCAGGGCCGAUCUGGCUCGGUCGCCGCGACGCGCAGAUCCCCUUUGUCCCUUUGAUCAAAGGUGAGAUGGUUAGAAUGACUAUCCACUGGCCCAGCUCUCACGGCAACAUGUUUCUUGGGACCACUGGUUUAAGAAAGCAGCUUCAACCAACCCCAUGACGUUGAAAAUUAACUUCGUAGAAUAUCAGAUGCAUCAGCCUCCCUUUGGAGAGAUGGGGACAAGCCAGAGGGCUAUUUUAAGGAUGAAGAAACUCAAGCCACUCAGCUAGUAAGUGCCAGGACUUGAACCGAGAUCUGUUUCCUCCAAAGCUGGGGCUCUUUAUUCACCUUUCACUGUUUCGUAUUGAAGACGAAGCAAAUGACCAAGGGAUUCCACUUGAGUCCCUGAGAGAAAACUAAGGCCACUCCAUUUAGCUUUGAGAUGAGGCUACUCAGAGAUGUUUUCAAGUCAGCAGACAUUUACUGAGCACCUACUAUGUCCAAGAUGAACAUCUGCAACAAGCCCUCCAACAAGACAGCCCCUGAGAAGAGUGUGUGGACAGCGCCCGCACAGGCCAGCGGACCCUCCCCGGAGCUGCAGGGCCAGCGGUCCCGCCGGAACGGGUGGAGCUGGCCCCCUCACCCGCUCCAGAUUGUGGCUUGGCUGCUGUACCUCUUCUUUGCUGUCAUUGGCUUUGGGGUCCUUGUUCCCCUCCUGCCUCACCACUGGGUGCCCGCUGGCUAUGCUUGCAUGGGCGCCAUCUUUGCCGGCCACCUCGUGGUUCACCUGACCGCUGUCUCCAUCGAUCCAGCAGAUGCCAACGUGCGGGACAAGAGCUAUGCAGGGCCCCUGCCCAUCUUCAACCGCAGCCAACAUGCACAUGUCAUUGAAGAUCUGCACUGCAACUUGUGCGACGUAGAUGUGAGCGCUCGCUCCAAGCACUGCAGCGCCUGCAACAAGUGCGUGUGCGGUUUUGACCACCACUGCAAGUGGCUCAACAACUGCGUGGGCGAGAGGAACUACCGGCUCUUUCUACACAGUGUGGCAUCUGCCUUACUGGGUGUCCUGCUCCUCGUGCUGGUGGCCACUUAUGUCUUUGUGGAGUUCUUUGUCAACCCCAUGAGGCUGCGCACCAAUCACCACUUUGAAGUCCUGAAGAAUCACACAGAUGUGUGGUUUGUGUUCCUGCCCGCUGCCCCUGUGGAGACUCAGGCUCCUGCCAUCCUGGCCCUGGCCGCCCUACUCAUCCUUCUGGGCCUGCUUUCCACAGCCCUGCUGGGCCACCUGUUCUGCUUCCACAUUUAUCUCAUGUGGCACAAGCUCACCACCUAUGAGUACAUCGUGCAGCAUCGCCUGCCACAGGAGGCAAAGGGGGCCCACAGGGAGCUCGAGUCAUGUCCCCCCAAGAUGCGGCCCAUUCAGGAGAUGGAGUUCUACAUGCGGACCUUCAGCCAUGUGCGCCCAGAACCCCCUGGCCAGGCCAGGCCUGCCACAGUGAAUGCCAAUCUUUCCCAGUUCUUUGCUACCCGAGGCCAAGUGGAACCCCCACCACCCUCCUCCCCAGAGACUCGGGCUCUGCCCCCCCGGAUCAGACCCCAGAAAAAGAGGAAGCGGCGUGUGUAUAAGGUGCCAACCUCUGGGAACUUGGACCCUGAAUCACCGCUGCCCAGGCUGCCGGGGCCCCGGGCCCCAGGCCGCAACUCUAGCUCGAUGUUGGAUUCUGCGGGCGCCAGCCCAGUGCACGCCGCUGGGCCUGCAGGAGCCUACCACUCGGCGUCAGCCGAGUCCAUGGACGAGAUUCCAGUGGCGCAGACGCGCCUGGGCAGCGCCACUCUGGCUGCCCCUGGGGGUAGGGGCCAAGAGCCCGGGCUGGCGUUGCAGGUGCGUACGCCUGCGGUUUUCGUGAGCCCGAGCAGCGGCGAGCCCGGGGCGCGGGGCGGCCCGGAGGCUGGCCUGGCUUAGUCGGGUGGAGAGGCAGGAAGGCCGAGGAGGAGCGGCCAGCCCGAUUCUCUAUGCAACACCCCCACCCUCGCCGCACCGAGUGCACUUUAGGAGCCCGUUCGGUUGGCGGGAUGGGACCCCUUACCCCACGACUCAGCAAUACCCGCCCCACCGGCCCUGAUGCUCCAAUAAACUUUUUUUUUUUUUUUUGUAAUGCUUUUGUGGACUUAGUGCAUACUUUCUUAAUGGCGAGGGCCACAGGCCAUCCUGGAGCUGGACCGUGGUCAGUCGCCCUAGGCGCGGGGGUGGGAAGGGCUCGUACUUUGAGUCACCACCCAGAUUGUUGUAUGGAAAGGUACACGUGGACCGAAGGCGCUCAGGUACAGGGCUCCUGGUUGUGAAAAGUCCUUGGAAGGCUGCCUGGAGGAGGUUAUUUUUCUUGAAGAUAGCGUUUAUCCUUAAAGAGGGAAAGCAGGCUUUGGGAUCCAGAGGCAGCAGCGGGGGCAGAGACUUCGAGGCCGACACUGGGGUAGAAUGGAAAUAAAGGAGUACAUGGACCCCAGAGGUCCUGGAGCUUUUCCUGCAGUUGGGAUGGCAGUCGGUGUACCAGGAUUCUGGGGCUGGGCACUCGUGAUUCGCUCAUUGUUUCCUCCUGCUCCCAGUGCUCCCGAGUUGUGGCCUGGGGGUCCCACACAUUAAUUGGAGAGCUGUGGCCUUGAGCCAGCUCUAGACCCCACUGUCAUUGAGGGAAGGGACUUCUCGCUCUUCUCCCACCCCAGCUCCCCCCACCCCACCCUGCACCCCUCCCAACCCCCGCCCGCUCCAGCUCCCAAAUGGCCUUCUGUUGCAGCUCUGGGAAGCUUCAUCUCCCCUGUGGAGGUGGG